AUGUCUGAGCUUGAUGCAGUGGGUGUGAACACAUCUGUAGACACACCUGAGCCUGCACCCGAGUAUCUAUCUGAGCAAGAUCUACAGCUUUCCGAUGCGGUGAGUGAGGCAGAAGAAAGAUUGAGUGACUACAAGUCGAUUGAUGAGAGUGUCAGGUCGCCCCUCGUCAUCUCCACUUCAAAAAGCGUUCCCAGCUACAAAAUGCAGACACCCACUAAGAUCUCGCGAAUUCCCACGCCCGGAAGGCGAAAGAGCGCGAAUACAACGCCUUCUCCGUCACCCAAUGCAACUAACAAACUCGGGAUCACUUCAAGAAUCACACCGCGCGCUUUGAACAAGAAGGUGGAGCGCGUGGGCAUCGCCAGUGACAUGACACCACAGGCUGCCGCAGAGAACGAGCACUUGCCAACUCUGGAGACUCGAUGUGUGCCUUCUGCAUUCACGCGUAUUCGCUCUGACGGAGGCAGCGGUCUCAAUAGAACGAUAAGUAAUAGCAGCUUGUGCAGUAACGCAGGCAGUGUGGUGAGUGUGUCUUCAUUGACGAGAUCGAAAAACAAACCACCUAAAAGCGACGCGAGAAUGUCGUCUAGAUUGGGUGUUUCAUCGAGAAAUGGCGCACGCAAAAGCACUAGUUUAUUCGCGCCAAUUCAAUCGAUGACGCACAAGAUUUGGCCAACUGCUGCUCCAGAUCUGACGGUGGUUCCUGAAGAUUUUACGCUUAGCGAACAGGCUGUGAUGGCACUGAAGGAGGAUCACGAGGUGACUGAAAAGGGUGUGCAGGAAUUGUUGUCGUAUGUAUCUUCGUCGUCGUCCAGUAUGGCACUAACAACAGCUAAUUUGAAGGCACGAAAAGAGGAAACAAUGUUACUAAAGGCGGGAUUGCGUCGAUUAACUACACACAGUCAAGGUUUAAUGCGGUGCUGCGAAACUCUUGAGAGGAGGACCCUUGAUGUUAAUGAGUACGUGGACGCUUCGAAGGCAGAGAUUGAACGGCUUUCGGAUUUGCUGCGAUUACAGAACACCAAACAAACGGAAGGAAUUCAAUCAGAGCUUGAAUUUGACGAUAUUAAUGGCGACGGAUCAUUAUCCAGACCCUUGUCGGAUACAGAAACUGCGUCUACAAGCUCUUCCCAGAAUAUUUUUCCGAGACAUUCCAGUCAAGAAGCUGAUCGCCAGCGUCAAGAUUUUCAGCUUGCAAUGCAGGAGGAUUCACCGUUAUCAGCCUAUGUGCGGAACGUUCUAAAGAAGGCAACUGACAAGAUAGAAGAUAAGUGGCGGACACGUUUUGCUGAACAGCUUGUCGAACACGAGCAGGCAUUAGCGCAAGAACGGGAGCGCUCUUCGGCGUCUGUGCUUUCUAGCUCUCGUUUAGUUACGGAAACGCUACAUGGGAAAGACGAUGAGCUGAAGGCUAUCCAAGAGCUCAACAUAAAUCUCAAUCAGCAAAUUCGACAAAUGGAGUUGGAUUUGGAUGCCACACGAUCGGAGCGGGAUUUCUUUAAGCAGCAGAUGGAGGAUGACGACGAACGAUCGUCUAGUGCGCAUAGUUUUUGGGAGAAAACUACUGAUCUGGCCAAGCAAAACCGUAAUCUGACAGAGGAUUUGUCCCAGGCGAACAAUACUAUCGUUCGCUUGAAUGAGACAAUAAACAUUAUGAAGUCAAAGGCGUCUAGUCUUAAAACUGAGAAUGGCGAUCGCGUGCGAGCAUCAAAGUCGAUGGUAGCGGAGAGAAACUUGUUGCAGGACAAGCUGACAGCCAUGGAGGCAAAGUUUGAAGAUGAAAAGAAUCGUCGAGAGCAGUUCCAAGUUAAUGUAGAACAGCUGACGGUGGAAAAUACAGCCUUGUACGCACAGAUGGUGGCUCUGCAAACGACGUAUGAAGCCAAGAUGGAAGAAAUGCAGGUGCAACAUGAAAAACGAAACAUUUCGCUGGCGGGUGAGAUAAAACUUCUUCAGGAUCAAAAUCGUUUGAUACGCAAAAGCGAGCCUAAACAUCACCUUGAGUCAUACGGCAGUAGUGGCACAAGCGUAUCAGCGACUGGCUGUAACAAUAGUGUGACGCCACAAGCUGAUACUGAAAGAAGUUUUCAGCGUAUCCAAGAACUCACGAAUGAUCUUCUUGAAGCUCGGCGAGAGCUUUUAGAAAAAGACAAUCUGAUUGAUGAGCUGCAGUCGAAGAUUACGGAAGGGGAAUUAAUGCGCCGUAAACUGCACAAUACGAUUCAAGAGCUCCGAGGCAAUAUUCGUGUUCAUGUUCGUUUGCGCCCGUUCCUGCGUUCUGAUGGUCCGGAAGCCGUCGCAGAGAACCCUGAGUCGGCCAUCAUGUGUGAUACAUUUGCUUCAUCAAUCACGACAAAUGUAGAAACUCCGCACACAUUUGCAUUUGACAAAAUUUACGGUCAAUCAGACUCUCAAGAAGUUGUAUUCAAGGAUGUGUCCCAGUUCAUUCAGUCAGCAAUGGAUGGGUACAAUGUUUGCAUUUUUGCCUAUGGCCAAACUGGAUCUGGCAAAACUCACACGAUGCAAGGUAGCGGAAAGGCUCAGAUGCGCGGCAUUAUUCCGCGAUCGAUUGACCACAUUAUAAAUUGCUGUGAAGAAUUGACGGCCAUGGGGUGGAACUUUUCGCUCAUGGUAACUUUUUACGAGAUUUACAAUGAAACUAUCCGUGACUUGCUUUCUAUGAACAAUGGCUCAGACGUAAAGCACAACAUUCGCACGGACAAUCGCGGUCGAAAUUACGUAGAUGGACUUACUGAAGUAUAUAUCGAUUUCGAUCAAGCUGCAGAGCAAGUAGACGAAAUUGUGAACCUGGCGGCAUGCAAUCGCUCAGUGGACCGAACAGACAUGAAUGCGCAUUCUUCUCGAAGCCAUAGCAUCUUCGCUUUGAAGAUUCGUGGAUACAAUGAAGCGCAAAACACUGAGGUUGAAGGGACUUUGAGUCUGGUUGAUCUCGCUGGUAGUGAGCGUCUCAGUCGCUCACGUGCUACUGGAGAGCGGUUGAAGGAGGCUCAAGCCAUAAAUAAGAGUCUAAGUGCUUUGGCUGAUGUGUUUCAAGCGCUUGCAAAAAAGUCCUCUCAUGUGCCGUAUCGCAAUAGUAAGCUUACGUAUGCUUUGCAGCCGGCACUUUCAGGAGAAGGAAAAACAUUGAUGAUGGCAAACCUGUCGCCGACGUACGCGUCACUGGAUGAGUCAUUGUGUAGCAUGCGUUUUGCUCAAAAGGUCAGCCAAUGCGAGCUUGGGGCCCCCGUACGUCAGAUCAAGUCGACAAGACGCCAGUCCAUGGGUCCUGGGGAUCUGACUCGUAACGGCAUCGCGAGUUCGUCUCCACGUGAGAAUCGACGAAGCACAUUAACCCCAGGAAUGUUAAGAAAACUGGUGUAA